GUAAACCUAAGGACUGUUCCUACUUGGACCCUAAACAUGACCCUAGUGGAGUGUAUAGAAUAUUUCCAAGCGCCGGAAAGGGAUUCAAGGUUUAUUGUGAUAUGAAGACCGACGGUGGGCGCUGGACUGUUCUUAUUAGACGAACGGAUGGCUCUCAGGAUUUCAAUAAAAAAUGGUUAGAAUAUGAAAAUGGUUUUGGAGACUUAAAUAAGGAAUUUUGGUUAGGGAAUAAAUAUAUUAAUACAUUGACGACAGCGAAAAAUACUGAAAUGAGAGUGGACAUGGAAAAUUUUAAAGGAGAAAAGAGGUAUGCUAAAUACUCAACAUUCAAGGUUGGAGAUGCUGGGUCGAAAUAUAAACUGACAAUCAGUGGAUUUUCUGGAAAUGCUGGCGAUGCAUUUCCACAUCACAAUGGGAUGAAGUUCACAACACCUGAUCAAGACAAUGAUCUUGCAAAUUUCAAUUGUGCUGUACACUAUAGCAGAGUUGGUGCUGGCUGGUGGUUCGGUAAAUGUGACAACGUCUGCUUUACAUUUUCUUAUGCAAAAAACAAGAAAGGUUUGACUGGAGAAAAUCUUAUACAGUGGGCAUAUUGGAAAGGUUCCGAAUACUCUUUGAAAUAUGCCGACAUGAUGAUACGAAGAAGUUAAUUGAUUGAUAACAAAAAUAAAUA